AUGACAGCACUAGCGGGGGGCAUACCGAGGAUGAUGCGCCCGAACCCACACCAAAACUACCCGCGGGGAGGCUACUCUCUUGAAGUCUCUACCCCGUUAGGCCAGGGCCGGGUGAACCAGCUCGGUGGGAUGUUUAUCAACGGCAGACCCCUGCCCAACCACAUCCGCCACAAGAUCGUGGAGAUGGCCCACCACGGCAUCCGACCCUGUGUCAUCUCCCGCCAGCUCCGAGUCUCCCAUGGAUGCGUGUCCAAAAUCUUGUGCCGGUACCAGGAGACAGGCUCCAUCAGGCCCGGGUCCAUCGGAGGCAGCAAACCCAAGCAGACAACAACCCCAGAUGUGGACAAGAAGAUCGAGGAAUACAAGAGAGACAACCCGGGCAUGUUCAGCUGGGAAAUCAGGGAUAAAUUACUCAAAGACGGGAUCUGCGACAGAAACAACAUCCCCUCAGUGAGUUCAAUCAGCCGUAUCAUGCGUUGUAAAUUCGGGGGAGUUGGAGGAGAAGAUGAGGAGGACGAUGAUGAAAUCCAGAAGAGGGAAUUGGAAGAGAACGAAAGACGAGCGAAACACAGCAUCGACGGCAUCCUCGGGGAUAGAUCCAGCCACUCAGACGAGGGUUCAGACGUGGACUCGGAGCCGGGCCUGCCACUGAAGAGGAAACAGCGUCGCAGUAGGACCACCUUCUCAGCCGAGCAGCUGGAGGAGCUGGAGAGAGCCUUUGAACGAACACACUACCCUGAUAUAUACACCAGAGAAGAGCUAGCUCAGAGGGCCAAACUCACAGAAGCCAGAGUUCAGGUAUGGUUCAGCAACAGGAGAGCCAGGUGGAGGAAACAGGCAGGAGCCAAUCAGCUAAUGGCAUUUAAUCACCUGAUCCCUGGCGGUUUCCCACCUUCGGCCAUGUCGAGCUUGCAGCCAUAUCAGCUGUCAGACAGCCCCUACCCUCCCACCUCCAUCUCACAAACAGUGUCAGAGCAGCACAGUACAGUCCACAGGCCUCAGCCUCUCCCCCCCACCUCGGUGCACCAGGGUGGGCUUGGCUCCUCAGUGGGGACCCAGGACGGGAGUUCGGCCUACUGCCUGUCCUCCGGACGCCACGGCUUCUCAGGCUACUCAGACAGCUUUGUGCCCCCCCCUGGCCACUCCAACCCAGUCAACCCCAGCAUUAGCAACGGCCUCUCACCACAGGUGAUGGGGCUGUUGAACCCAGGAGGAGUGCCCCACCAGCCUAGCCACCAGAGUGACUUCGCCCUCUCUCCCCUGACCGGUGGGAUGGAGCCCGGGGGUGGCAUGGCGGCCAGCUGCCACGGCUCCCAGCGGGGCCUGGAGGGUCUGCCAGGCCUGACCAGCAUGCCCACCCUGCCCAACUCCCAGUCCUACUGCCCGCCCACCUACAGUUCCCCAGCCUACGCUAUGGACCACCACCCCUCAUACCAGUAUGGACAGUAUGGACAGAGCAAGGUGCCUUUCAUUAUCUGA